UACCAAUCCCUCCGACCACAUAAACCUCUAUUUGUUGGCUCCAUUUUCGUAAGAAAACAACUAGGAAUUCUGUGCGUAUGUCCCGCAAAGUGAAAGAAUGCAUGUAUCAAUCUUGGUUAUCAUGGAUCAGUCAGCUUGUUGUACUGGAUAGUAACUUGCGUUUGGUGAUACGGACAAGGUGAGUAGUCGUUCCGAUAGAUCAUCAUAACACAUGUCACCUUCCUUCAAAAUACAGCCGUGCCAUCCUGCUGUGAGCUUAGAUGGCCCCUCAAGAUGCAGAGAUUUCCAGGUCACGUCCAAGGGCGAAUACAACGACAGCCUUCUCAUCGUUCUCUGCACCAUGGCGCAAACCAAAAGUCGAAACUCUAGCGACACCUUCUACAGCUCCGCUAUCGGUUGAUGAGCUCAUCCAAUCCCUUAUACCUCCUGCUGUUCCAGGUCUGACCAACGCCCGUGCAUUAGCCAGUGCGCUGUGUACAUAUUCUCCUCUUCCUCGUCAUACAAUCCUGAUGCCAGUCUUGGCUGCAUUGUGUAAUUCGGAUGCUCCGGCACCGCUUCAGGCAGCUGGAUUCGAUAUACUCUCUGCGUAUUGGGAAAACGGAGAAGCGAAAAGCCUCGAAUUAGCCGAUCGGAUGUCUUAUUUUUCACUUUUCACCGGCCAGGCUGCGACAGCAUGGACUACAGAGUUGUGGGAGCCCAAGUUCAAAGCUUUGAGGGCAAUUACAAAAUUUGGUAUAGAGAUUUUAGGCAUUGAGGUCCAGUUCUUCAGUGUGAUCAAGUCGUGGAUCAUGAAUGCAUUUGAACACCUCUUCGUCCUGGAUCCCAAUGAACGUGCUGAAAGAGCAGAACGAGAACGAAGUAUCGAGAUUCUCUCCGCUUUUCUGAAUUCUGUCAUCGACAAGCCGGAGGUCAUGGCACGGAUAACAGAAGAAGAGUUUGCGGGUGUAUUAGAGUUUUACGGAAGCAUGGUGGAUAGAUGUAUCGAUGUACCCUCGAGGCCCACUUCUCCCGCGUCAGCUCCAGAGACCAGACCCAGUUUUACGCACCACAGACAGCAGUCAUCUAUCUCAAUUACCUCCUUACCAUCUCCUACAUUCUCUGGUCCUCCUUUACUAAUUCCGCAGCCUGCUGUGAAGCAACCGGUUGACAUUGCUGUUUCGCUGUAUAUCACUCACCUUACCAAGCAACUCAAGCAACUUCCUAUUACCACCCUCGAUGUAAUCCUCCCUCUUCUCUUCCGUGCCCUCGCGAGCUGCGCCUCUCCUCUUGCUCGACUCACCGUCACGUCUACACGCAAUACUGGAAAACGCUCGUUCGUCGAAGACCGCAUUAGCGAAACGCUGAAUUCUCUAUUCGCCGGUCCAUAUGCGUCCACCUGCCUGCGCGUCCUGCAACGCAACCUGUAUCCAUCACCGAAAAUCAAUGACAACACUCUUCCCAAAGAGGUUCAAAUGGCAAUCCAAACAUCAUUCGGCGCACUGCGUAGUUUACGAGAGUAUAUCAGACGUACCCUAUCAACUAGACUCGCAAGAGCGUAUAUUUCGAAAGAGAGCGCUAUUGGAUAUUCGCAUUCGGGAGCACCUACCCAUCUGGAUCUUUCGAGGGACAUGCUGGAGCGUGCUUGGCCAAAAGUUGAGACUUCAACAACCUCUUUUUCCUCGACAAAUGGUAAUGGAUGGGAUGCAGCGAGGUUUAGGAAGCCAUUGUCUGGUAGUACGCGUGCCUGGGUGGAGUUUAAGUAUACAAACCAGAGCGCCCUUGAGUCUGGCGGAGAUACAAAUGCGAUCGGGAACAGCGAAACAGAAAACCUUAAUGAUACGUGGGUGAAAGAAGGGAAGGAAAGAAUUUUAGAAGAAAUAGCCGGAAUUUUAAAGGAUGUAAUCCACGAGAUUGAGUCAAGAGAUGAAGAUAAUAUCAGAUUAGACGAAGAAGAAGCUCGGACCGUUGGCGAGACGUUAUUCCAGCUAUCUGGGUAUGUCCUCCUUCUAACGAAUGCUGACGGUACACCUUAUUUAAUGCCACUCUCUCAACCGUCCAGCGCCGCCUCCCCCUUUAUCUGGAGUCUCUGCUUCCUUCUAGCUCUCGAUCAUACAAUGACCCUCAAUCCCCCCCUAUCCACCACUCUCUUACACAUAUCCUCCCACCUCUUCGACUCUGACACGGCAAAAUUACCUCAGAUCAUGCGGGAAGAGCUUUCGCCCACUACUCCAGAGUGGUUGGAGAACUGGAAGGCAUUGUUGGAAAGCCCAUUGGCAAUGGAUAGUCGAAAAGCGUUGACAAGGAAGGCGGUGAUGAAGGUAUUGGAGUGUACUUACGGAGAUGUGAAGGAUUUAAGGGGAUGAUCUUUUGGAUCAUGUGGAUUAUUACUACGAUCUUAAACGGCUGCCUCAAACUAUUUGCGACUUUGCCAAGCUCCCUUCUCUUAUUCCUCUUCCCUUCAGUUGCUUACCGGUCAUAUGAGGCGUCAUAGAAUUUAUAAUCUUAAUAAGGACUCGGAUUGUUGUUGUAUCUAUUUCCAUAGUGC